AUAUUACUCGCGUAUCAGACGCUGAAGGGUAAAUGGCGAAGGAAGAAGCGUCUGAAAAUGUUUAGCAGCAGGAUAGGUAUAUCGAUUUAUCGCGGUAUAUGAUAGUAAAGCAACGUUAAACCAGUGUGAAUAAGCUUUUGACCCCUACUCCGAUCAGGUAACAGAAACAAGUGGGGGUUCCUGGUGCGAGAUGUUAGUCCAGCAUCGCGAGAUGACCUUCCCUCAGGAACUGAUGGUGGGGAAGCUGGGAGGUUCUUCUGGACCACAGACACGUGCCACCUGUCAUACAUAUCGAAGUACUUGCUUUCGAAAGGUUGAGAGGGCGAUUAGCCGUCGAUUAGACGUUCAAUGCGGUGAGCAAAGAUUAACCGAAGAUACGUUUAAUAAAUAUCGUGUUUUAAAGUAAGAUAUAUCGAAUCGCAACUCGAUCAACGUUCAACGUUUGACGUUUAACGUGACGAUACGAUGGAAUUGUCGUUAAAUUAGACUGUGUUAAAAUACGAACGUACUAGUGUAUAGAUAUUGAUACUCGCUGUUUUAAACGACGAUCUACUUUGUGAUCGCCAUAGAAAAUGUGCACAACGUGAAAUAGUUUUGAAAAAAGAAAUCGUGAAAUGCAAUUUGUAAAUCAAGCUUGGUGUUAUCGAGCAUUUUAAAUGCGUGCUUAGGUCGGCUGAAAUUAGAAAUUAAGAACGUGGAAAUAGAAUGUCCAAUGACAUUACCGACGAUGGAGCUUUAUCAAAAUCACGGUAAGGUGAGCGACGAAAUCUACGAUCUGCGACGGUCCUCUGUGAAACAAGAUAUAAAAGAGAUUCGCUUUGUCGAUAACGUUUACGAGCGAACGAGGGAUGAUCGCGAACGAUUCGUGAAAACGCCAAACAACCAUCAAGAUACAAUGGAAUGUGCAUCCGAUUCGAGUAGCGAAAGUUACAAGGAGAUUCAUAGGAAGCAAAUAGAAAGAAAAAAUUCGUCACCGGUUGCCGCGGCUAGUGCCUUUACGAUUGACAACAUUCUUGGCAGACGCGAAACGAAGAAUAUCCAAGUAGCUCCUAAUUUAAAUUAUUCCGAUGACAGAGAAGAAGAUCAAGAAGAUAGGGAGGCGAAAAUGGAAGAAAAUCAGUUUAUCAGACCAACAGCCGUAUCAGCUACGCAAUCCGAUAUGAACACAGGAUUAUACGCAUCGGCAGGAUUAUCGUAUUCGGAAGUCACGCUUUCAGAUCCUUCCGCGUAUUCGGCGACAUCCCUUGCUUCUGCAUCCAUUUUAUAUAACAGUUGGUUCGCUCAAUCGAAACCUGGCCAGCUGUUUGGUCUACAAGCGCCCAAACCGAGUGGAAGACGAUCCAGAAAACCGGGCAUCGACAGAAAACCACGUCAAGCAUACAGUGCGAAACAGUUGGAAAGACUUGAAGCGGAAUUUAAGAUCGACAAGUAUUUAAGUGUGAGCAAACGAAUGGAACUGUCGAAAUCCCUAAAUUUGACAGAAGUGCAAAUAAAAACGUGGUUUCAAAAUCGUCGCACCAAGUGGAAGAAACAACUUACCUCCAGAUUAAAGAUUGCCCAAAGGCAAGGGCUUUUCCCAUCAGCAUACUUUCCACCGGCUCAGUACUCUUUGUUACCGUACUACACUACGCCGCUAGUGUUUGGAACUUCAGCGUCAGAUGACGCCAAUAUUAACGCGAUGGCGAUACCGUCACGAUCUGUGGCAUCAUCGCCGGAUGCUGUUUGAACGAAUAUCGAUUCGAACUACUUAGCCGACAUGAGACACGAGCGAGAAUCAAGUGCAAUGUACCUCGUCUAUGGUGCGAUUAAGACUCAAUUUCUCGAUUCAACGUAUAUACUUACGAUGAUUUCAUACUGACGACUGAAGACAUGCUGGACGUCUAACGCAUAAUAUAUUUUCUUUCUAAUAGUUCCGAUUGUUAGUUAGACAGCUGUAAAAUACAAAUUUAUGUUACCAAAAAUGCAUGAGGUAAAAAUUUUGUGUACAUAAAUUACAACUACAAUAAAUGAAACGUAAAAAGAA